UCGGACAGAAUGUUCAUGUCGCAUUUUUACUUGAAAUUAACGUGGAAAUUAGGACAUUCUUGCGAGCCAAAUUGAGAGGAAAUACGCUUUUUCCGAACUAGCCAAACAUUUGCAGUCAUGUCUAAAGGAGGGGGUGGCUCAAGCAAGCCAUCUCCACAGGAAUCAGAAUUAUACUUUUUGAUCAUCAAAUUUCUUGCCGGUGGUCCAUGCAGGGCAACAGCAGAGGUUCUGAAGCGAGAGAUUGAACAAAAUGAGCUAUUUCCAAGUAGAUUGGAUUGGCUCGGAAAUGAACAUCGAAAGAGCUAUGAAAACUUGGACCAAGCAAACCAACACAUCCGAAAUGAUCACCUACUGCGUAUUUGUGAGCGGAUUGGACCUCUCCUGGACAAAGAGAUCAAACCUAGCGUGGCCGGAGUUCAGUCCUUGCUCGGGGCCGGGUCGCAGUCGCACUUAAGAUCCGCACAAGAUGUCGGCAAAGCAGUUGACUUUUCCCCAUCGGUGUUUUCAGCCACCAUACAUCACCGUCCCCUCAUGCCACCAGUGAAACGAGCAAAAUACCCAAACAAGUAUCAUGUUCUCCAAGGGCGUGUCAGAACGGGCGUGGCACGCCACAACCACCUGUUACCUACCUCGCAAUACGGUAAGAUAGCCACUCACCUACGCACACUUGGUCACCUCUCCUCAGUCUACUGUGCUGCGUUCGACCGCAGAGGGAUUCGGAUAUUCACUGGUGCGGAUGACCACCUCGUCAAGAUCUGGAGUACCCUCGAUGGCCGCCUUCUCGGCACCCUCCGCGGCCACGCCUCCGAGAUCGUUGAUAUGCACCUCAACUAUGAGAACACUCUGAUUGCUGCAGCGAGUAUUGACAAGGUGGUUCGGGUCUGGAAUACGCAGACGCUGGCACCGGUCGUGGUGUUGAAUGGUCACACUGCAAUGAUUACAUCAUUAGAGUUUUCUCCAUAUAACCGUGGUAACAAUCGCUACAUGGCAACGACUGGUUCUGAUGGUACACUGUGUAUAUGGACCUGGAACGCAAAUAAUCUUUUAUUCAAUACCCGACCAAUCAGAUUCACGGAAAGAUCAAGAGCUGGUAGCCAGAUGUUAUGUCUUUCAUUCAGUCCAGGAGGUACGUUUUUAGUCGCUGGUAGCUCCGAUGCUACCAUCCGAGUUUACCUGUUCACCAGCAGUGGUCCAGAGAAGAUGUGUGAACUGGAAGCCCACACUGAUCGCGUGGACAGUAUUGACUUUUGUCACUCGAGCGUUCAUUUUGUUAGUGGGAGUAAAGACGGAACGGCGAGAAUCUGGAGAUACGAACGUCAGGAAUGGAGAAGUGUUCUCCUCAACAUGGAUGUACGCAUUCCAGGAGCGAAGACGCCAGGUAUCGAUGACUCCAAUAAGAUAAUGAAACACAGAGUAACGAUGGUUGGCUGGGAUCUUCACGAUCAGCGAGUAGUUACGGCUGUCAACGAUCAUUCACUCAGAGUGUGGGAUUCUCGUAGCGGGAAACUACUACAAGAACUUUAUUCACACACGGAUGAGGUGUUUGUGCUUGAGGGUCAUCCGAUAGAUACCAGGAUAUUCCUGAGUGCAGGACACGAUGGUUUAAUCAUCCUCUGGGAUCUCGAUACUGGCAACAAAAUCUUCAGCUACUACAACAAUAUUGAGGGUCAAGGUCAUGGUGCUAUGUUUGACUGUAAGUUCUCGCCUGAUGGUCAGUACAUUGCAGCUACAGACUCUCACGGUCAUCUUGCCAUAUUUGGAUGGGGGUCAAGCGAGAGAUAUUCAAAGGUGCCUUUUGAGCAGUUCUUCCAUACCGACUACCGGCCACUGAUGCGUGAUGCAAACAAUUUUGUUUUAGACGAGCAGACGCAGCAGGCCCCUCACCUCAUGCCUCCGCCAUUUUUAGUGGACAUGGACGGUAACCCUCACCCCAUCCAGUACCAGAAACUCGUCCCGGGCAGAGAGAACUGUACCUCAAGCGCCUUGGUGCCUCAGAUUGGUGUAGCUCCUAAUGGUGAACAUGAAGUCAUCAGCGAGCCAGUCAGGCCGGCGAGACCGGCCCAAGGAGGUCCACCUCGACCGGUACCCCCAGAGCCCUCUCAAGAAGAGCCGAUGCUACCCCAAGAAGAGAUGGACCUAAACGAGUCUCACCAAGCGUCUAGUAUCUUAGAUGAGAUGAUCGAGCAGAUGCAGAGGGAGCAAGACGGGCAUGAGGAUGGUCCGAGCGCUGCUGAUGUUGCUGCUGCAGCAGCUAUGCCACCGCCUGUUGGUAUCCCGGGCCCAAGGCCGGCCACUCCAAGCAGGGGUAGUCUCAAUGGUCCCCUUAGCCCCUCGGCUGUGUCUCCUAGAGGUGUAAGACGUAGCGGUGAGAUCGAGGGAGUACGGCAAGCUACGGGGAAUGUUCCAAUCAGUCAGCAGGCAUCCCAGGCUGACCUCUUGGCCUGGAGUGAGAGGGUGGUGGUCCCUGAACUUCCUGCCUCGUUGCUAAGGAGUUUGGAGAAAAGAAGGCAUUUGCUCCUAGAAGAGGAACAGUGUCACUUCAAGAUGGAGAAAAGGAGGAAACCAUCGGUGGCAUUCCUUCAAAGGGAGGACUCUGGUGACUCUCAGGAACGACUCAGGAAAAGGAAGAGGGCCAACCAUGGGUAUGGUACCCGCUCCAGUAGAGAGACCCUCAGGAAGCAAAGAAGGGUGCAACGAGAAAGAGAACAGCGGGAGCAAGACCGGGAUGAGAUCAACACCGAAGACGAGGGUGAGGAGACGUUAGUGAUGAGUGGGGGAGACACCACGGAGGAUGAAGUGGAAUGGAACAGCAGUAGUGAUAGCGGAAGUGAAACAAGCGAGUACUCUGAUUGGACGGCCGAUGUUGGCAUCAAUCUUGAACCACCCAAGAGGAGUCAGAGGCAGGUCACUAGGAGGAGGUUUAACAGCGGUGGCUCCGAGGACGAGGAGGAAUCGUCAAGCCCAAGGAAGACGAGCAGAAAGGAGUCCAAACCAAGGAAGAAAAAACCCCCAGCGACCGUCAUCGAGGACCAAGAAUUGAUAAAAGAACUUCCAGAGGAAAUGAAACCCCCUCGCUGGGUGACGGACUCCACGCCGCGUCGCUGCCCGUACAUCCCCCAGAUGGGUGACGAGGUGGUCUACCUACGCCAGGGGCAUGAGUGUUAUUUCGAGGCUGUCAAGAGGAUGAAACUCUAUAAAAUUGACUUGAAGAAACAACCGUGGCACAAGAGGAAAUUAAGGGACCAAGAGCUGGUAAAAGUUGUUGGUAUUAAGUACCAGAUUGGACCUCCGACGCUUUGCGGACUGAAACUUGCCUUCAUAGAUCCAGAAACUCGCAAGCAGACUGGAUCAAGUUUCUCUAUCAAGUACCACGACAUGUCAGAUGUUAUAGAUUUCUUGGUGUUGCGCCAACAUUACGACAACUCAAUCGCUCAGAACUGGAAGGCAGGGGACCGGUUUCGAGCCAUGAUAGACGAUGCAUGGUGGCUGGGUACCAUCAUGAACCAAGAGCCAUUCCAAGUGGAGUGUCCAGAUAGCUUCUUUCAGUGUUACAACGUUGCAUGGGACAACAGUGAGGCAGAGAAAAUGAGUCCUUGGGAUUUAGAGCCAGUCGAUGAAGACCAAUUACCAGACGAGACAGGCGGCAGUGUACCAGUCAGUCAAGACGAACGCAUGCGUUCCCUCUACACCCCGGAAGACGCCGAAUGGGGCGACAGGGAUCACGUCGUGGAAUGUGAACGCAUCAUCACCUGUAUUGAUCAGCUGAUGGCGCUCAGCAUCGCCAAGCAUUUCAACGCCACCGUGGAUCUCGGCGUCUUUCCGAUGUACGCGCAGAUCGUUGCGUACCCGACCGAUCUGAAUAAGAUCAAGACCAGACUGGAGUUUAGAUUCUACCGCCGGCUGUCGGCUUUGAUGUGGGAGAUAAGACUCAUCGAGCAGAACGCGGUACUCUUCAACGAGAAGGACAGUAAGAUUGUCAAGUUGGCGGAGACCAUCACUAAGAUACUUCUGGAGAUUAUUAGGAAUCCAAAGUGCACGGAUGCAAUGGUCGUCUACAAAAAGCAGACGGGGGCGAUGGACGCAGACGAACUGGUCAAGAUUGAAGAUACCUCCUCAAGUGAGGAUGAAGACCGACCGUCAACGAGUAGAAAGCGGACAGCGGAGUUUGGAUCACCUCCUGCUAAGCGGAUUCGAAGCCUCGCUAGCUACAACACCAAAGCUUGGAUCAAUCAAUGUAAAGAACUUACUCAAAUGCUGUGGAAUUGUCAAGACUCUGAGCCGUUCCGUUACUCAGUCGAUGAAAUGCUUUAUCCGGAUUAUCGUACCAUCAUAGACACCCCUAUGGACUUGAACACAGUCCGAGAGCAACUUGUAGGAAUGAUCUACCAAGACCCUAUGGAAUUCUGUAAAGACGUACGCCUCGUCUUCACCAACUCAAAAAGUUACACCCCAAACAAAAAAUCUAAGAUCUAUUCCAUGACGUUACGUUUAUCAGCACUCUUCGAGGAGCAAUUCAGACCUAUUGUAAGCGACUACAAAUCAGCUCUGAAGUAUAAGAGGCAAGUCCCUUCAGGACUCAAGAGAAAUAAAAGCUUGAAAUCGCGCAGGAAAUCACGUCGCCCAUCCACCGAAGCCUCGUCCUCUAACAGCGAAGCCUCGUCAUCUCACAGCGAAGAAGACGAGGAGACAGAGAGCCCUCCUCGGGCGGGGCCAUCCAGGGUGGGGCCAUCCAGGGUGGGGCCAUCCAGGGCAGGGUCAUCCAGGGCGGGGUCAUCUAGGGUGGGGCCAUCCAGAGAGAACUCAGCCAGCGUCGCCAGACCUAGUACUUCAAGACAGUUAAAUGCCAAAGAAAGUCCAACUAGUACCAGACUAAGUGCCAAGAACAUUCCGUCCAAGAGUAAAAACUCAGGGAAAUCAACGACAUUUUCAAAAAGCGUUGCAGAAAGAGUAAAGAGGCAAACGAAAUCCAGCAACACGAGGAAAGAUGAUUCGGGACAAGAAAGUGAAGACCAAGAUGAGAACAGUGAAGAAGAGGAGGAGGAGGAGGAGGAAGAAGAAAAUGAGGAGGAGGAGGGGGAGGAAACAGACGUGGAGCAAGAAAAGAAAGAUGAAGAUGAUGAAGAUGAUGAAGAAAAUGAAGAAGAAGAAGAAGAAGAAGAAAUUAAACCAUUAAGACCAAAACGAAACGGGAUGAGAAGCAGCAUUGCUACAAGAAAUUCUGGUUCUAACUUGAGCAACGGUCACAUGAAGCGGUACUCCACAAGAAAUCAGCCAGUAGUAAGCAACAACGAAGAAGAUGAAAAUGAGGAGGAAGAGGGUUCGGACAGCGAAGAUGGCAGCGAGAAGAACUCCGACUCGAGCAACGACUCGUCCUCAGCCACCGAAGACGUCUCAAACUCAGACAAUAGCUCCGACGAGAAGUCGAGGGAUAGUGACACGGACAAUUACAUGUCAGACGAUGCGCGUAACCAUCGAACGCGGUCUGACCGAUCAAGAGCGAGGUCCACAUCAAAGCGGAAGAGCAGGAGGAGUACGUCAAGUCCGGAGGCGAUAAGUCGACGAUCUAACCGAGUAAACACGAGAACGAGAGGACGCUUUAACUCCAGUGAUUUUGAAACAGAGACUGUCGCGGUGACGAGCUCGAGCCGCAAGCCUAAGACUCGUAAUCAGGGAAAGCAGACUGUGAUUUAUAGGGACCUGGACGAGGAGAGCGAGAAUCAGUCGUACGACAGCGAGGAGGUCUCAGACGAUGCGGAGGAGGAUGUCGCGACGACGGUGUCGAGUCGAGGGAGAGUGCGACGGUUGACUCAACGAGCGAGAUUAAGCAUUAUGGGAGAAUAGAUCUGCAUUCCUGAUAAUAACCGUCACCCUCCGCAUCACCACUCACUCCUUCCGGCCCUCACCCAAUUGCAGGCCUGUAUGCUGCACUUUUGAAAGGGCAAGGGCACCAAGGCAUUUUCACCUUG